AUGACCAAAUUUUUUUCUGAAGAGAGCGUACUUCGUCGUAUUACCAGAUCUCUUGCUAAUUCAAGUCAGCAAGCAAAUCAAGAAAUUGGUGAAAACGUUCCUGAUCAUUUAAGAUACUUUUAUCGAAGUAGACAAAUAAAUAUGAACAAUGCUAUUGAUAAUACUAUUGAUGAUUAUGAAUCCAUGGAUAUUGAUGAACCAGAACAAAUGGAAAUAUCUUCUGAAAUUAUGAGUAGAGAUAAUGCAGAUACUGAAUCCAAUAUAAUGAGUAUAGACCAACCUCUUGAUGUGGAACUUAAUUCAGAUGGAAUCGAGAUCGAACAUGAUAUUCAUUAUGAUGGGGAAGAGAAUGACAGUGAUACGGACGAUAUUCAUGAAUCAAUUCACGAAAAUGAACCACAGAUUAUACAUCCAAAUAGUUUCUUACCUUCCGACAUUAAAGAGGUUUUAAAAUCAAUAUCUCGAACGGAUUGUAACAGCGAACAAUUGGCCAGGCUCGCAAAUUUUUUCUUAUUACUUGAUAGACCUAUGCUUAGUAACUGGAACCUCGAUUUAUUAGUACAGAAGCUGUUGGAAGUAGUUCAAAAAACCACAAGUAAUGAUUCCAUGCCUUCAAUUGAAGCUUUAAUGUUACAACAAUUUGAACCGGAUAUUCUACGUCAACUUUUGGAACGGGAUGUGUUUCAAGGUACAGGAAAUGAUCCAAAUGUUAUAACAAUGGCAAGCCGAUGUUUGGGAAAUUUGGUGAUGACCUUGGGUGACAACUCUGAGCUUAUGAUUGGCCGUGCUAUAAGAGAGGAUGCUAUUCCCUUGUUAUGUAAUAUUUUAACGGAGGGGCCACGUACUUAUGAUUCGGAACAUUUAAAAGACAUAAUAUUGGCAUUGUAUAAUUUUUCAAAGCCAACUUUUAUCGAUUGUACAGAAAGUAUAGUCAAGAAAAAUGUUUUCAAAAAUAUCAUGGAAAGUAUCAUGCCUUUUUUAAUUGAUGAGGAUCGGGUUUUGCCUUUGAAAUUACUAGCAAAUUGCACUUGUAAGGCUCCUCGUCGUUAUAUUAAAAAAUUGCUGGCUGAGGUUUUCAAUACAGUUGACUUUCAGGGGUUCUUUGCUGAUCACGAAAUGCCCGAGGUUACAAAAUGGUGUUGUAUUAGUUUAUGUUCUUUAAUAAGUCGAUAUCGUGGGGAUGUUGAAUCUUUACUGGUAUUCUCAAAUCCGGAUGUGAUUAAGAAUAUUACUUAUCGUAUGAAACAAUUCGAUGAAUAUAAUCAAUUGAGAAUUUGGAAAAUGUUCAAUACUUUAAUAAAUAAAUCGCGUAGAAUAACAAACUUACUUAUUGAAAAUGGAGUCGUUAAGGCCUUGUUUGAUGUAUUAUCAAGGAAAAGCAUCAACAAUCCCGAGAAAGAUCAAAAUGAGAAUGAAUUGAUUGGGGAGAUAGUGACUGAGGUCAAUACAAAACUUCGCUAUAGAUAUGUGAACUUGGAACCAAUAAAGCUUUAUAUGCAAGUCUGUCAUUUUAUUUUGUCAUUAUUUCCUGAAGUACCGGAACCAGGAAUGUUACAUCUUAUGGUUUCGGAUGGUAAAAUUAGUCAUAAAUGGACUUCAAAAGUAGAUUGGUUGACAGAGACUGUUCAUAAUAACGACGCGAAUAAUGAAGAAAUGAAGGUUGAUUGCGGUAUUACUUCUCAGCCAAUAUUGAAUAAGCAAGCAAAGCUUUUUGCAAAUAUAAUAAUACCAUCAUUAUUUAAGUCAUAUCGCGCUUCGGAAUGUUGGGAAUUGCGUAAAUUGAUUAUGAUGAGUGUAUUAGCAUUCGUGAUAUAUUAUCCUGAAGAUCUUAUAUGUAAAAUUUUUGAGGUUUUGAAACAAAAGCGUGCAGAGGAAGAUGAAGAAGAACAUGAUAUUUAUAUUCGUGAUGUAUGUGCUUAUGCUGAGGAUUUACUUAUACAAAUUAUUCUUAAAUGGAAUGAUACUUUCCAAGAAGCAUUUAAUAAGGAAUGCAUUUAUGAUGAAUAUACAAAAAUUCUUGAGAAAUACCAGCAAGAAUUAAAUAAUUUCAGUAUUAUAAAAUUAGAGAAUGGUAAUUCCAAAUAA